AUGUCGAGUGCUGCUAGGAAACGCUGUGCAACACCUGGACGUAAUCAGCAUCGUGACACAAACGUUCGUGCUAAGAGAUCGCUUGAAGAUAACGAUGCUGUUGAAGUUGUCUGUCGUCUUACUCCCUACUAUGGACCUACACCGUGUUUAGUGGUCGCUGAAGAGAAUGUAAUCAGAGUUCUCCCACCUCCUGGUAUGCAGAAACGAGAUGGAUCACCAUACCCUCAGAAGGAUUUUGAGUUUGGCUUCGUCUUCGACGAAAACGAUAGACAGCAAGCUGUCUUCGAAAGAUGUGCGACUGACCUCAUAGAACACUUGCUGGCUGGAAAGAAUGGGCUGUUGUUCACUUAUGGAGUUACUGGUAGUGGGAAAACCUAUACAAUGACAGGUAAACCAACAGCCGAUGAGACUGGUUUGUUGCCUAGAACGCUCGAUGUCGUUUUCAACAGUAUUGAUAACAAGGUUGAUCGUUGUAUUUUCUAUCCAAAUGGUCGGAAUGGGUUUGGGAUUCGUUCCAAAAUGGAGGCCCACCUCGCAAGAAAAAAGGUUGAAUUGGAACGUCUACAGGCUACCAAUGAAAUCGAGAAUCGCUAUAUGGAGAGAAAAGUGGUUUCCGGUUAUAACGACAAUUAUGUUUGUGCUGUGUUCGUGUCAUACGUGGAGAUAUAUAACAAUUACUGCUACGAUUUGCUGGAGCCAAAGGGUAUAUUAACAAAACGGGACACUCGAGUGGAUAUGAAUAAUAUGGUUUACGUAGAGGGUGCACAAGAAGUGGAAGUGGAAACAAGUGAUGAGGCUCUAGAGCUGUUCUGUAGAGGUGAGGAGCGUAGAAGAACGAGUGACACUGUGCUCAACAAAGAAUCGUCCCGUUCGCAUUCAGUAUUCACAAUCCGAUUGGUAAUGGCUCCUUUCGAGAAGACAACUUUUGCUAUGUAUCCCGAUGACGAUCCUAACGGCAUUGUUGUCUCACAACUUUCGCUAGUCGAUCUGGCAGGGAGCGAGAGAACAAAAAGAACAAACAAUAUUGGUGAUCGUCUAGUCGAGGCUGCAUCUAUCAACAAAAGUUUAAUGGUACUACGUCAGUGCAUUGAUAAGUUGAGGCGAAAUCAACGUUCCGGGGCUUUUGAAACCAUACCAUAUCGCGAUUCCAAACUUACUAUGCUGUUCAAGAAUUUUUUCGAAGGCUCAGGAAAAAUUCGAAUGAUAAUUUGUGCUAAUCCGAAGCCAGCAGAUUUCGAGGAGAAUCUCAAUGUUCUGGCUUUCGCAGAGGAGUCUCAAAGUGUUCGUAUCACUCGAGCAGAAGAUCGUCUUGAAACUGACCCUGGAGCUCGACCACCAGUCCCGCGUCGAUUCUUCUCGAGAUGGAAUUAUGAGAUUGACAACCUUGUUGCCUCUUUACCGUCUCUAUCAAACACAAAACUUUUUGGCGACUUUUGUGUGAAGGACUGUAAUGACUCCGCAUCUAUCGCUAAGUUAAAGGAACGUUGCCUUGCUUUGGCCAAUGUCACCAAUCGCGAAAACCAUGAUUUCGGAUCUCAAGUUCGUGAUGCUGAAAUUCCUCUACGAAAUGCAUUGUGUGUUGCUGACUAUGCAAGAGUGGAAAUGAAGGAGCUACGCUCUCGGGCCGAACAGGAUGCAGAUCAAAUAGCGUCUUAUUGCGCUGAAAAUAAAAAACUGAAGAGGGAGAUCAUGUCGUUGCGUGAAAGGCUAUCCCGUUACGAGGCAGAAGAUGAGGAGCUGGUCACGGCUGAGGAGCAGUUGCGACGGAGUGUAAGAGAGGAGCGUUCUAGAGCUAGAAAACAAGAUCAGAAACUCAAAGUGAUUCAAGAUAUUUGUGACGCACCUUCCCCGUCAUUUGCACAACUUCGUAGCAAAUUUUCUACCGGCAAUGACACGCCGGCAUCUACUGCUAUGCAGAAGCGGAAGGUUACAGCAACUCCGAGUACCCAAGCAGGAUCCUCUCGAGAAUCUAGAAGGCCUCAAGCGGAGCCGCGAACUGGUGGAGGACCAGGAUUCUUUAAUCCAAAAUACCACAGAAGAUCGAAAUCUGCUCCGAGGGUGCUUGACCAUCAGCCAACAAAUCGAGUACCAACUGGUGGCAUUUUGCGUGUGAAAUUACCCUCAAAUGCCAAACAUGUCACUAAGCCAGAGGCUCAUCAACUGCAGAAAUCUAGUGAAUACGUAUUAACCCAUCAAGAAGUUGAUGAAGAAGGCAACAUCAAUACGAGCCUCAUAAAGGGCGAGUGCAUCCCAACUGCAGGUGGUGGGACGGCUGUAUUGUUCAAUGACGUUGAGCAGGUUGUUAUUUAUGCAAUAAAUCGUGAUUCUACCAUUAACUUAUGCAAAUUAAAGUCGAGUGAAGUCGCUGAAACAUCUCAGGAAGGUGGAAUUCCGAAAGAAGUGAAGGGUUUUGGUACGACACUGACAAAUGGUCAUAUUAAGAAGCUUAAAACUAGCGAGAGGAUAAAGAUUUUUCGACAAUGGAUGGCAGACGUCGAUGAAGAUGAGAGGAAAAUGUUUAUUAGAGAGUUACUGAGUGACUGCGAUUUACCCAAUCUGGAAUAUAUAAGCAUGUUGAUAUCUCGGCUUCGGGUUGCUCGAUCUCGUCCAACUUCAAACGGAAGCAAGGAUCCGUUAACGCUACUUCCGUCACACAUAGUUCUUCGAAUUAUGUCGCACUUAGAUCCAGUGUCAUUGUGUCGGAGUUCCCGUGUGUCUCGAUAUUGGCGGCAUGUUUGUUCGGAGCCUAUGCUUUGGCGCGCAUUAUGUCAGUUACCUCGCGAGUUUCGACUGUGUUCCGCGGAAGCGGAGUCGUCGCAACUUCGAAAUCACACUUCCGAGUGCGGCACUGUUCGAUGGAAGGACGCGUUCUCAGAGAGGUAUCGGUUAUGGAGGAAUUGGCACGCCGGGAGAUGCGUAGUCCGAACAUUUACGGGUCAUACGCAGGGCAUCACUUGUGUACAGUUUGAUGAUGAUAGGAUCGUUAGCGGUUCAUCAGAUACUACAAUCCGAAUCUGGGACCUACGUGGAUCCAGUGAUGUUGGCAAUCUUGGUACUAUGGCGCUAAACGGCCACUCAGCCACUGUUCGCUGCCUAGACUUGAAUGGCAAUGUCCUUGCUUCUGGGUCUAAUGAUUUUUCUAUCAAAAUAUGGAAUGUUGACGUUAAUCCGCGGUGGUCUUCAAUAGGAUGUCGCAAAACUAUGCUAGGUCAUUCAAACUACGUUCGAUGUCUUCAGAUGGAUCAUGAACAUUUGAUCAGUGGCUCAUACGACAUGCAUUUAAAGCUGUGGUCGCUGAGCACUGGAGCGUGUGUGAGGACGUUAAUUGGCCACAACGACGCAGUUUUAUGUGUGCAGUAUCGUGAUAGAGAGUCUUUAGCGGUAUCUGGUUCUGCAGAUAACUCAAUAAAAUGCUGGGAUACGAGGACGGGAAGGGCGGAGAUGACAAUACAUAAUGCUCACGACAAUGCGGUUACAUGUGUUCGAUUUGAUGAUCAUCGUAUUGUUUCUGGUAGCGUUGACAGAAUGAUUAAAAUGUGGGACGUGAGGACAGGAAAAUGUAUGCACACGAUUGAUUGGAAGUUGGCUGAAGGUCAUACUGGAGUCGUUCGCUGCCUUCAAGUAGACACAUGGCGUAUCGUUAGUGCUGCGGAUGACAGAACAAUCAAAGUAUGGAAUGUAGACUCACUGCAGCGUUUAUGCACAUUGCAUAGCCAUGAGGAUGGUGUUACAUGCGUCCAGUUCAGUGACCGUCAAAUUGUCUCCGGCUCAUACGAUAAAACUGUGAAGUUGUGGGAUUUUAGUCGCUUUUGA